CCGCCGGCGGACUAGGACCGACGGCGAGCGGCGGCCGGGGCAGGGGCAGCGGCAGGGGCAGGGGCAGCGGCAGCGGCCGGGGCUGCGCAGCGGCGGGGGCGCGCCCGGCCCCCGGCAUGGCCCGGCAGUAGGCAGGGAGCGCCGCCCGCUCGCCCGCCCGCCGCUCCCGGCGGCAGCCCCCGCCGCGCCCCGUCCCGUCCCGUCCUGUCCCGUCCUAUGUGACCCGCCCCGGCGCCAAGAUGAAAGACGAUUUUGCAGAGGAGGAGGAGGUGCAGUCCUUUGGCUACAAGAGGUUUGGUAUUCAGGAGGGGACGCAAUGUACCAAAUGUAAAAAUAACUGGGCACUGAAGUUUUCCAUCAUCUUAUUAUAUAUUUUAUGUGCCCUGUUAACAAUCACAGUAGCCAUUCUGGGAUACAAAGUUGUAGAAAAAAUGGACAAUGUGACAGGUGGCCUGGAAACAUCCCACAGAAGAUAUACAGAAAAACUCACAGAGGUGGAGAGUGGUCUGAAGAAAUUAGAUGACCAAGCUGGACAAAAAGCCAUGAAUACUAACACUGAACUGUCUAGCUUCAGAUCUGACAUACUUGCUCUUCGUCAGCAGCUUCAUGACAUUGCAGAGAAAACUACCAGAAACAAAGAUACACUGGAGAAGCUGCAAGAGUCUGGAAAUGUAUUAGAUGAUAGACAGAGCCAAAUGAGAAGUGCCUUGGACAGUAACUCUUUCAUGAUCAUCAGUGUCAAUAAGACUCUUCAGGCAUAUACUGGCUAUAUCAACAAUCUUCAGCAAGACACAAGUAAUAUUCAAACAAACUUGCAAAACCAAGUGCAUUCUCACAAUGUGGUCAUCAUGAACCUGAACAACUUAAACCUGACACAAAUACAGCAAAGAAAUCUUAUCAGUGUCCUGCAGAAGUCAAUGGAAGAUACAAGCUUAGCUAUUCUAAGAAUCAAGAAUGACUUUCAAAAUCUACAGCAGGUUGUCCUUCAAGCCCGGAAGGACACUGACUGGCUUAAGGAGAAAGUACAAAAUUUGCAGACUUUGGCCGCCAACAACUCAGCAUUGGCAAAAGCUAACAAUGAUACACUUGAAGACAUGAACAAUCAGCUCAGCUCCUUCAGUGGGCAAAUGGAGAAUAUCACCACAAUUGCCCAAGCCAAUGAACAAAAUCUAAAGGAUCUCCAAGAACAGCAUAAAGAAUAUGAAAACAGAACUUCUGCCAAAUUCAACCAGCUAGAAGAGAGGUUCCAGGUCUUCGAAACUGAUAUAGUCAAUAUCAUUAGCAACAUCAGCUACACUGCUCAUCAUCUACGGACACUCACUAGCAAUCUCAAUGAGGUCAGGACAACUUGCACAGACACCUUGAGUAAACAUUCAGAUGAGCUGAUUUUUAUGAACAGCACACUAGCCAAUAUUCGCUUAGAUUCUGCAUCUCUCAAGAUGCAACAGGAUUUGAUGAGGUCAAGGUUAGAUGUUGAAGUUGCCAAUUUGUCAGUAAUCAUGGAAGAAAUGAAGCUGGUAGAUUCCAAACACGGCCAGCUCAUCAAGAACUUCACUAUCCUACAAGGCCCUCCUGGUCCAAGGGGACCUAAAGGUGACAGAGGCCCUCAAGGUCCUCUUGGCCCCGCUGGCCUGAAAGGACAAAAAGGAGAGAAAGGAGAGCCCGGACCACCAGGACCUGCAGGUGAAAAGGGCCCACCUGGUCCAGCUGGGCCACCAGGAGAAAAAGGAGGGAAAGGUUCAAGAGGAUCGCCUGGCUCCAAAGGUCAGAGAGGUUCUCCUGGCAAGACGGGUCUUCCUGGACCAAGCGGAGACCCAGGGCCACCAGGUCCACAAGGCAAAGAUGGUCCACCUGGGCCACAAGGCCCACCAGGAUUUCAAGGCCUGCAAGGAACUGUGGGAGAGCCAGGGGUACCAGGACCUCGAGGACUACCUGGGCUACCUGGAGUCCCUGGGCUGCCUGGUCCAAAGGGCCCACCUGGCCCGCCAGGGCCACCAGGUCCAGGGAUGCCAAUGGCACUACAAAGUGAACCUACGUCAGUGCCCGAGGCUAAUGGUUGUUCUCCUCAUUGGAAGAACUAUACAGAAAAGUGCUACUACUUUUCAAUUGAAAGAGAAAUUUUUGAAGAGGCAAAGUUAUUCUGUGAAGAGAAGGCAUCACGCUUGGUUAUCAUAAACAACAAAGAGGAGCAGCAAUGGAUAAAAAGGCAGAUUUUUGGGAAAGGCAGCUUCUGGAUCGGACUAACGGAUUCAGAGAAGGAAAAUGAAUGGAGAUGGCUGGAUGGAUCCUUACCAGUUUACACAAACUGGAAAACCGGGCAACCUGAUAACUGGAGCCACGGGCACGGGCCAGGGGAAGAUUGCGCCGGGUUAAUCUAUGCUGGGCUCUGGAAUGACUUUUACUGUGAAGAUGUUAACAAUUUCAUUUGUGAAAAAGACAUGGACAAAGGGCAAAUAUUUGGAGUGUAAUAGGCUGUGACUGUACAGAUACCUACAUAUUAUAGAAAUUUACCUGAAGAAGAAGAAAAUCCUGGGAGAGAGCAACAUUGCCUACCAAAAUUGGGGGGAAAAAAACCAACCAAACAAACAACAAACAAAAACCAACAAAAGCAAGCACUGAAAACUGGUUUAAAUGCAUAAAGGAAUUCAGCAGCAACUGUUCUCCAGCAUCCUGCAAUUAUUCAAGGCCUUUCAACCCACAACAUGAGGAAAUACCGUUGGACUAACUCUGUUAUAGAUUUUCUUCCCAACCAGUAACCACAUACAUAAGUAACUUUUGUCUUCUGAGAAAAGACAUUCUGUCAAUCUGAGUAAGACUGUUGGUCACUCAUAUAGAAAAACAUAUAAAGCAACUGUGUAAACAGUAUGUUUCAUUUGCUAAAAUCCCAAAUGUAGGAAAAUUAUACAGAUACACGAAUAUAUAGAUUUUAUAUAAAUAUAUAUAUAUAGUCCAACUCUUAUCAAUAAUAUGGAAUAUACUUUUAAGAGCUUUUAAAACUUUGUAUUUUUGUACAAAAUAUUUGCUUUUUACAAUUGUUCUCUUUUUUACUGACUUUUUUUACAAGUAUAGUGCACAGGGGCCAAAGAAAACAAUAAAGGUACUAAUAAUUCAUUAAGGUUUGCUGUCAGGCCUAGCUCAGCUAUAGAGAAAUAUUUUUCCAGUUAGAAAUAUUUGUACUUUCCCAGAUGAUUUGUUCUGGUUAAAUAACUUUUAAAGCAGAUUUUAGAUAGUGUUUUCCUUAUUAUGUGCAGUCUAGUCUGCAUGUGUAACAAUUAAGUUGACUAAGGACUAGAUACUCAUUAUAGCUCUGAUCACAGCCAGUGUUCCACCAGGGUACUAUGCAAAGACCAUGUUAAUAAAAGCUUUUCCUUUUCCUUCCUUCCUUCCUUCCUUCCUUCCUUCCUUCCUUCCUUCCUUCCUUCCUUCCUGCCUUCCUGCCUUCCUGCCUUCCUGCCUUUCUUCCUGCCCUCUUUCCUGCCUGCCUUCCUUCUACUCAUGAGUGCCACAGGAAUAAAUCUCCACAUUUUUAGAAUGACUCUGAAAUGUUUUCAUGCCUUCUCCCUUCUUGUGAGGAAUUCUACCCCAGUAGGAGCUACCCACAUUGCAAGUCAAGCCCAGAUGAAGGAUUUUAUGAAAACAGAAACGAAGGAGCUGCACACACUGAAAUAUGUUUCUUUUUAAGAGAGAUUUCAAAAUUUGGUGAGAAAAACAUGCCACACUCGGAAAAGUCAAAUCAAUUUGCACUUCUCCAAAGUGCUCUGUAAAUUGAUCUCUCUGUUUUCUUGGGCCAGUACUUCUCUCCCAAACAAACUAGAAAAUAAAAUAUGCUGCAAAACAGAAAGCAGUGUGGCUAGGAAGAUGAUAUCAUCACCCAGACAGUUUCCUCCACGGUCCCAUGAGCCGUUGUCUAGGCAGCAGUGCUGCUUAUCAGGAAUUAAAAAAUUAGCAACCAGUUGAAGUUCAUUAGCAGAAGCCCUGGUUUCGGUUCCCAGUUUUUAUACUCUUUCCAUGGCCACACUCUAUACCACGAAGAAGAGUUGUUUUUCCAUUGCCUCCUGACCUGCCAUUUACCUUGGCUGAACGCAGAUAAGUUUGCUGAAAUACUCCAGCUCUGUUGGAAAGAGACAAGAUCUUGUACUUCAGAUUUUCAAAUAUUGCUCCUAAGACCAACCAGUUAAAGCCUGCUGCUUUCUUGCAUCCCACACCCCCUCCACUGUUCCUUUUUUGGGGGGAUGGCUUUUAAUUUUAACUAUAAUUUUCUUAAAGAAAAUACACAAAAUGUUACGUUUGGGAAUCUGUCCCGUGGUCCAUAUUAGAUAUGAGACAGGAACAACAUGAAAAUUGCAUACGUUUAGUUAAAAGUGGAAGGUCUGUGUAUUACAGCUGCAGAAACCAUGUGUUGCCAUCUUGGAGGCAGGGCUUUCCUUCAGGCAGUCUGGAUUUCCAGAGACUUUUCUUUUGCCUUUUUCAUCAGGUUUUGAAUACAACAUGAUUCUGCCGUACACCCUGUCAUGCUGUACCUAGGACUUGUGUGUAGAUACACGCUGUAGUGUUUACAAAUAUAUUUACAGUGUCUGUGGAGAUAAUGUUAAAGUGCUGUUUUUGGAUAACGAGGUACAAAACUAUGACUUUGCAUGCCCAGAGAGCCUCACAAACCCUGGUGAGUGGAGCUUUGCAGAGCCACUCUGUGUUAGAAGCACUGCUGCCUUUGUUUGGAAUGCUGGCUUAUUUAGGUGAAAUAAGCCUAUUCUGAGCGUCUGCCAUGUUCAAUGAACAACUUCUUGCUGAUGUGACAGAAUUCUGUCAACAAAAAAAGUUAAUGAGAAACCUCUGUGUAAUCCCCAGCUGUACGGUUUCCUUGCCACGAUUUAAUUCCUCUCUGCCUUCAGCGAUAGCAGUGAUAGUACCUAUCAAGGUGAGAUGAUCCAAGAGUCAUCUAGUGUCCUCCAGUCCCUCUAAAGAGAUUUUCCACUCAGUGGUGAUCAACGGCUAUAGCUGCACUUAUGCCUGCAUAAGGUUACAGAAAUGGCUGUUUAUCAGUGAUUGAAAAUGAGCAAACGAGCACAGCAGCUAUGUUAAACUACAGGCAGUUGGGUGGCCUUAGCAUGGAAAUAACCAUUAAACCAGGAGAGUUUAAGGAUGCAACAUGUUUAUGAAAUGGAGCACCUCUCCUAUGAAGACAGGCCAAGAGAGUUGGGGUUGUUCAACCUGGAGAAGAGAAGGCUCCAGGGAGACCUUAUAGCAGCCUUCUUAUAAGAAAGAUGGGGAUGGACUCUUUAUCGGGGAGUGGAGCAGUAGGACAAGGGGUAAUGGUUUUAAACUGAAAGAGGGUAGAUUUAGAUUAGAUAUUAGGAAGAAAUUUUUCACUAUGAGGGUGGUGAGGCACUGGAACAGGUUGCCCAGAGAAGUUGUGGAUGCCCCAUCCCUGGAAGUGUUCAAGGCCAGGCUGGAUGGGGCUUUGAGCAGCCUGGUCUAGUGGGAGGUGUCCCUGCCCAUGGCAGGGGGGUUGGAACUAGAUGAUCUUUAAGGUCCCUUCCAACUCUAACCAUUCUAUGAUUCCAUGAUUCUAUGAAAUACUCAUUUCAAAGUGAAUAUCAAUGCUGGUUUGUAAUUAUCUAUAAUAAUGCUCUAGUUAUCCACCAAAACGUGCCUGCGCUCAAGCUAUCUGUUCACAGGUUUGAGGCAAAGAGUGUAGCUGCUUGGCAAAACUGGCUGGAGAGGGACGCUGCAGUUGCACGCCUGGCGUGUUCAGUCAUCCUUAAAAUCUGGCCUGAGCAGCCAGGCGAGCUGAGACAGGCCAUCCUUCUGACCCAGUAUUCCUGGAAGAGGGAAAGAGAGGUGUCAAAUGGCAACAACGAUUGAAAUCACUGGGAGGACUGGGAGAGUGUUAAGACAGCUCAGGAACCUGUCAGAGAAAGGAGAUUGGCAGGGAUGCAAGCAGGACACCAGAAAGGGCCAAGAAAUUAUCAUGAAAGUCAGAGCUGCCACACGGGGUCUGGAAAACAUCCCCGUUUAAUCUGCUUUCUGUAUGGUUUGAGCGAUAACACAGGUUGCAUGGAAAGUCUUAAGUGAUAGGAAAUUAUUUUGUCCCAGCUUGAGUUUUGGCUUUCCUUCUUAUGCACAAAUAGUGUAACUUGGCAUACUCAGCACACAUUUCCAUCGCCCUUUUUCUUGUUUUACAUCAAAUUAAAUGCAAGUUCAUAUACCCUGGCAAGCACUGGGACUGCUGCAGGAAAGGAAGGGAAAGGCAGAGGGGGUGCAAAGUCAUUGUGAUUUACAUCCAGUGCUGGAUUUCUUAAUGUCAUUUAUGACUUUUUUCAUUAAUUUAUUUGGAAACACCUUCAGCUGAUUAGAGCGUAUAAAUCUCAAGCUCUCAUCCCCUUUGAUGUCUAUAAAUAAUACCUGCAAAUGUUCCAAUAAAGGAAGCACUACGUGGAGACAUGGAAGUGGAUGUUGUUUACUCUGUGCAUGCUUGUGUAACCAAGAGAGAUGUGGAGAUCAGAGAGAUGUGGAGCCAGAGGCAUUCGUUGGUAUUAAAAAUCAAACUGAUGAAAAUUAUUUUCAUUAAAGCCUUUCUUCUCACUUA